AUGGAUAUAGGUGACUAUGAUCCUGAUCCUUUUUCUAGUGAAAGCCUCUGGAGGCUCUCUAGGUUCAGCGUAGAGGCUCUACAGCCCUUGGAGUCUCUUCCAUGGAACGCGGACUUGCCAGCCAUCCCAAAGGCUUGCUUUCAAGGUGUACCAGACUCGACCGAGAAGAUCGAUCCGAUAUGGACGCUCAACCUCUUCACGAACGACCUCCAACCUUCAGAGUCCGCGGACUCUAGCCUCGAUCAUUCAUUAGACAACCUGUCUGAAGCACCCAGUGAACCAGUGCAGGAUACAGCACAAAAAGAGGAUGAUUUGUGGUCAUUGAAGUACCUGCAGCAGGAUCCUGGUUACAUCGCUCCAUUGAAAUCCUGGGAGAAAUACCAGGAUCGCGCGUUCGAUGAGCCCAUUUCCGUGUAUUUCAGUGAAUCUGGUGCCAAGGGCUUCGAUGCUGCAAUUUCCUACCAAGAGCAAGUAAAAGCCCACACCUCCACCCGCCUUGUUCGAGAUGACAUUUUCAUUCAAUCUCUCCUGCGCCUUGGGUUGGGAUGGAACUCCUUGUUCUUCCGGUAUAACAAGGGGAAUAAAUUAUUCGAAAAAUCCAUGACAAAUAUUAGGGUCUCCGGACUGUCUUCCUCGGUUAUGGAUAGUGUCGUCUCCGAGGUGCUGCAGUGCGGUACAUUUAUGCAGUGGGUUCGUGCAUUUGCAAAAGCUCCAGUGACAAAGUCUAAAGCUUUAUCCUCUAUAUUUACUCUACGAGGUGCUAUGUCAGUCAUAUUAUUCAACCUCGAGAAGCAAGUUCUGGCCAAUUGCAGCAACGUCGUGUCGGUCCUGCAGGUUGCCAUGCUAUUCGAUCGAUGUCGGGACUUGCUAGGAGCCUUGGCUGACAUUGUCGCCCUCGUGGAAAAGGCUUCAUCGGAUUCCGAAAUUAUUUCCGCAGUGAUAGACCGGGCGGCAUACUUCGCCCAUAAAUUUGGCUGGAUGGAGAACCUUUUGCACGAAAUCGUGGUUCAGAUAACGGUUCCUUGGCUUGGUUUCAUUGAGGGCUGGAUCGGUCUCCGGCCCGAUGAUGCAUCACUCAAUGAGCAAUUAGCUAGCGGUAGAACCUUCGUUCAGCUCGACCGCUAUGAUGAUCCCAACAAGUUCAGGAACGCUCCGACACGCAUUGAAUACAGUUAUCGUGAACACCACAUGCCUUCUUUCAUUCCCCACGAGCAAGCAGAGUUGAUCUUUGAAAGUGGGAGUAGUUUACGCCUACUCAAAAAGUCACACCCACAUCAUCCUCUUGCCAGACAUGAUGCCCUCGCUAGGGCUGGAAAUCUUAAUCUGCAGUGUGCGACCGCUUGGGCAGAUAUCGAGCGAAUUCAAACAAGGGCCGACGAAUAUGAAUCGAAACUUCGAGCGGAUAUCUUGAAAUACCACAAGGGUAAAUCGUCGAUACAGUCCAUGAAUAAUGUGCCCUUUCCGCAAAAAACCGAUGAUAGCCCGGAAGAGGUCACCGAAAAGACCUUCCAGCUGUUCGACAUUGACGACAAGGAGCGCAUCUCGUCUUCUGCGAUGGAUCGCGCCGCAUUUUCGAAUGAAAAUGUCGACCAGAUGAUACAAAGUGCGAGGGACCUUGGUUCUGAUCCUCUCAAUACUGUUCAUCGUUUUGGCCCAGACUUGAAAUCUGCGCUUUACUUAUCGCUUGCACCUGUGGUAUCAUCCCAGGCACAGCUGAUCGAUUUCUCCUGCCUUCAUCAUCUUUUCAAGGAACACAAGUUGCGUCACCAUCUGAAUAUGCAAUGGCGAUUCCAAUUACUAGGUGAUGGUUCCUUCACUGCCCGUCUUACAAGUUCUCUAUUUGCACCUGAAAUGGAGAGCGGAGAGCGCAAGGCCGGUGUGGUACGGAGUGGCGUCCAUACUGGGCUGAGGUUAGGGAAUCGUGAGACCUGGCCUCCAGCCAGCUCUGAGCUGCGAUUGGUUUUGAUUGGUCUGCUCGGUGAUUGUUAUUUUGGAGAUACCAAGCCGGAAGACCCAGAGAACGCGCAACUGAGAGACAACGAGCUCCCUGGGGGACUGAGCUUCUCGAUUCGAGACCUAACACCCGAAGAGAUCAAACGAUGCCAGGAUCCCAAUGCAAUUGAGGCUUUGGAUUUCCUUCGCCUCCAAUACAAGCCUCCCGAGACCCUCGAGACGCUCAUUACCCCGAGGUCCCUGGAAAAAUACGAUCGGCUUUUCAAACACUUGCUUCGUCUUAUCCGAAUGGUAACGGUUGUCAAAGGACUGAUCCGUGAUUCCACUGCCCGAAAUUCGCUUGCAGGGGACAUACGAAAUGUAUUCCAAAAGUUCCGAAUUGAUGCUCAACACUUCGUCCUUGCGGUUAGCGAUUAUUGCUUCCAUAUCGGGGUUGGCUCAACCUGGAGUCGCUUUCAAGAGACACUUGCCAAAAUUGAACGUUGUCUUGAUCGCGACGACAUUGAUGGUACAAUCGAAACUGCCCAUUCUGUCACUCAUCUUCGUCACUUCCACGUCGACAUCCUAGACCAAAUGCUGUUUGCACUCUUCCUUAGCAAACGACAUGCUCCGGCCGCUAAAUUACUUGACGGCAUCUUUGGCACAAUCCUUGCCUUUAGUUCGCUGUCAAAAGCCGAUGGCUUGAGCGGGGUACGCCAUGGAAAUGAAGGCACCGUGCACCACUUGUACAGCGUGUUCAAAAAACAAACUUCCACUUUUGUUGGCUAUUUACGAGGACUGGACACCGGGACGACCUCCUCGAAGUCUAUGGCAAACUCAGGGGCAUCCUUCUCUCUACAAAAUGAACCUACUAGUGUUUUCGAACAUCUUCGAAUCAGGCUGGAGGUGAGGGAUUACUACUAA